GUGCCUAUCAAGUUUAACUGGUAGACAUGCUGCGUAUGAGACAGUUGAUCAUGUGACAGGCUAGAGGAGAAAGUGACUGUUACAGAUAGACAGUUAGGAGAGUGCAGAGGAGAACUGUGUAUCUGAUGACCCUAGCGAUUACAGGUAGAUUUGAGGAGAGUGCUAUGGAGAGAAAAUAUAAAAAGCUGAAUAUUUUGGAGGAGGAUAGAAAGAUGGCCGGAGAGAGAAGUCAGGAGAGCAGUGAGCUGCAAAUGAAAUGGCCAAAACAUCACAAAAGGCCAAGGAGUCCACAGACCUUCAGAGGAGGCAGUAAGAGGAGGAAGAGAUGCCGUGCUCAAGCCAGAAGACCUGCCCCACUGAAGAUUAGCAGUUAUGAAGUCCACAAAGUCCUUGGGCGAGGAAGUUUUGGCAAAGUAAUGUUGGCUACACUCACCAGCAGGAAACAACUUGUGGCACUUAAAGUCCUGGAGAAAAGACCAGAGAUCAUGAAGGAACACCGUGCCCUGAAGAUUGCUGGGGGAAGCCCUUUUCUUUGCCAUGCCUAUGCAGCAUUCCAGUCAAAGCUGCAGGCCUUCUUCGUCCUGGAGUACGCCAGUGGGGGCAGCCUUUCUACUGUGAUGGAGAACGGACCCUUUCCAACAUCUACAGUCAUGUUCUACGCGGCAGAGAUGGUUUGUGGAUUACAAUUUCUUCAUUCCAGAGGAAUUGUUCAUCGUGAUAUUAAACUGGAAAACAUUCUGCUGGACCAAAAUGGACACAUUAAAAUUUGUGACUUUGGUCUGGUGGCUCACAACAUAUUCGGCAAUAGAACCACCAGAGGCCGAAUAGGAACCUACGGAUACAUGGCUCCGGAGGUUAUGCUUAUGAAGGAAUAUAAUGCAGCUGCAGAUUGGUGGUCACUUGGUGUCGUCAUCUACCGAAUGGCCAUAGGGAGAUCCCCAUUUUACAAUGGUCGAGUCCGGACAAUGGUGCAAGAGUCCACUGUCAGUGACGAGCCCCAAUACCCUGAGUGGAUUAGUCCAGAACUGCAGGACCUACUGGAAAAGCUCUUAAAGAAGAAUCCUCAGCAUCGUCUUGGCACCAAUGGAAACAUCAGGGAGCACCCUUUCUUUGCUUCUAUCAAUUGGGUGGAGCUGGAGAGUCUGAAAGUAAAACCCCCUCUCCAGCCUAGAAUGCCAUCGACUGAUUCUUCUGGCUCAUCUUUAGAGAUUGAGAAAGACAACAUCGGAUGUAAUGACAUCAACAUCCUCUCAGGGUUCUCCUUUAUAAAUCCCAACUGGCAGGAGUAAGUAAUGGGCAAAAAAACAACCGAGGCAUCAACUGUGGGGAUCUGCCCAGUAUGUAAGUACAACAUCCUGCUGCUGCAUGGAGCCAUGUAAUGAUUUGCUGCCAUUUCCUUUUUAUAACAUCUGCACCAGAGUUCCUGAUGCCAAGUAAGAAAAGGAAUUGUAAUUAAUGUUAAGGCUUUAAAAAAAAAAAAAAAGUAUUUUAGCAUAUAUAAGAUUAGUUAACAGGUAAUGUUUAAAUUCUAGAAAUAUUUUAUCACAAGGUUAAUUAAUAUCUUAUCAUUACAUUUUUACUAAUUAUUUAUAAUAUAUCAUUUA